AUUGCCUCCAGAGAUGACACACUGGCUCGCAUUUUAGUUUUUAUUUAAACGCAGAAGUCCGUCCUUCUGUAAGAAAACGGAAUUGCUUUCUACCUGCGCAGUGGACUUGGACGAGAAGGCCAUGACUCCUUUGGCUCUUGUAGCUCUAACUUCAUUCGUCGCCUUCUUAAUCUAUUUCUUCCUCAACUUCAGCAACCGAUACCCUCGUCCACUUCCUCCCGGUCCUAAGCCAUGGCCUAUCAUCGGCAACCUCCCCCACCUCGGUCCGGUGCCCCAUCACACUAUCGCCGCCCUGGCUCGUGUUUACGGCCCUCUCCUCCAUCUACGCCUGGGAUCGGUGCACGUCGUCGUCGCAGCGUCGGCGUCUGUUGCUUCACAGUUCCUGAAGACUCACGACGCUAAUUUCUCGAGCCGGCCGCCUAAUUCGGGUGCAAAGCACAUUGCUUACAACUACCAUGACCUUGUCUUCGCACCCUAUGGUCCUAGAUGGCGCUUGCUUAGGAAGAUCUGCUCCGUCCAUCUCUUCUCCGGCAAGGCUCUGGAUGAUUUCCGUCACGUCAGACAGGAGGAGGUGGCAGUGCUGACGCGGGCACUAUCUAGAUCAGGGACGAGUCCUCUGAACGUAGGGCAGUUGUUGAACGUAUGCACUACAAAUGCACUGGCGAGAGUGAUGUUAGGGAGGAGAGUGUUCGAAAGCGACGAUGGAACUGGGAACCGGAAAUCGGACGAGUUCAAGGAAAUGGUGGUGGAGAUAAUGGUGCUGGCCGGGGUGUUCAACAUCGGCGAUUUUGUGCCUUCGCUGGAGUGGUUGGAUUUGCAGGGCGUUGCUGCUAAGAUGAAGAAGCUGCACGCGAGAUUUGAUGCGUUCUUGAAUAAGAUCUUGGAGGAACACAAGGUCAAAGGUGGUGGAUCCGGAAGGCACACAGAUUUGUUAAGCACCUUGCUUUCUCUGAAGGAGGACGCAGACGGCGAAGGAGGCAAACUCACUGAUACAGAAAUCAAAGCCUUGCUUUUGAACUUAUUUACAGCAGGUACCGAUACCUCAUCAAGCACGGUGGAGUGGGCGCUAGCUGAACUCAUCAGACACCCUGACGUCCUCGCCCGAGUCCAACAGGAACUAGACUCGGUCGUGGGUAAGGAUCGGCUGGUGACAGAAUCCGAUAUCGCCCAGCUUACAUUUCUGCAAGCGGUCAUGAAGGAAACGUUUCGGCUCCACCCAUCAACACCGCUCUCUCUCCCCCGAAUUGCUGCUGAAAACUGUGAGAUCAAUGGAUUCUUCAUUCCGAAGGGCUCCACCCUUCUAGUCAAUGUAUGGGCUAUCGCCCGUGAUCCAGCCGUAUGGCCUGAACCUCUCAAAUUCCGGCCUGAGCGGUUUCUCCCAGGCAGCGAGCAUGCCCAUGUCGACGUUAGAGGCAACGACUUCGAGCUCAUGCCCUUUGGUGCAGGCCGUCGGAUUUGCGCCGGGAUGAGCUGGGGCUUGCGCAUGGUUCUUUUCCUGACUGCAACUCUGGUUCAGGCAUUCGAUUGGGUGCUACCAGAGGGCCAAACACCAGAGAACUUGAACAUGGAGGAGGCGUAUGGUCUGACGCUGCAAAGAGCUGUUCCGCUAUUGGUACACACACGCCCAAGGUUGGCUCCACACGUCUACUGUGCCACGUCUACAGCUCAAUAAGAAAUGUUAGUAUAUUAUUGUUAAUUAUUUUAUGUUCCUACGUUUCUCAUCUUUCGUUUAUUUUCUAGUUAGUUCUUUGAAUGGAUGUCAGCUUGCUUUUCUUCUUUUAUUGAACAGUUAAUGCAUAAUAUGUUAUUCUGAACCAACACUGGUGUUCUUCCUUUCAAAAAGGAAAUAGGAAAUUACAGGUCGACUUCAGAUGGUUCACUCUGAGUUGGGUGGAGCCUAGUCCUCUGUGGCUAGAAUAUGUUUUGAUUUCA